CUCAGAUCACUUACGUAGCUUAUUAGCUUCGAGUGACAACUUUUAGUUUUUUUGUAUGCACACAUACCCAGUAUUUUGCUAAUGGUAAAAUAGAGCAUAUUUCUACAAAUAUCGGUUAUCUACAAUGCUGAAAAUACCUACUAGUGAAAUAUCAGAAGGUUGGAGUGUGUGUACUGAGGCAAGGAGAAUGUGUUGUUGAACAUGGAUAGAGAUUUACUCAGGCAGUCCGUGGCAUUUCAUGGACAGAGUCUGUUUUCUCUGUUAAAAUGUGAACAGAGUGAAAAUCCAGAUUUUAAACAUGUCACAGCAGAUCUUGCCAAAUCUGUGAACCAGAGGGAUAAAGAAGAUGACAGUCCUGUUGUGGAACAGUUUAUUGCAAGGAAAGCAGACCUUCUGUUUGCUUCAGCAUGGAAAUCAACCACACCUGGAGAAGAGGAGUGGCAGGAAGAGACACUAGAGCCGUAUGCCGUAAUGCCCCCGUUGGAGCAGUUCAUGGAUGUUUCUUUCAACGAAAGAAGAGAACUUUUCUACAGAGAUGUGGAGCGAGGCGAUGUAGUCAUUGGCAGAAUUACAUCAAUUCGAGAUUUUGGGUUCUUUGUAAGUCUUCUCUGCACCGCUGGAGGAAUGGAGCGGGAUGUUGAAGAUCUAGAGAUCACGGGUCUAUGUCCAAUCAGAGAUGUCCCAUCAACCAGAAAUCAUGAUGAUCCUUUGUCUUAUUUCCAGAUUGGGGAUUUAAUUAGAGCUGGUGUGAAGGACAUCGACCGUUAUCAUGAGAAGCUGACGAUCUCACUUUAUCCCACAUCCCUGGCAAUGAACAUGCAGAAAACCAAACUGGGUGUAAUAAGCAAAGAAGAUUUACCUCUUCACUACAUUCGUGGUGGACAGGUGACCGCAGGCAGCAGAGAAUCAUACGAGAUGCUACUCCAGAGUUCCCUUGACUUUUCAAACCCGGCCAACGUGGACUAUUUGCUUGGCAAGCUGGGAAUCAGUGAGACACAAUCUCACUCUCUUAUGAGAGGAUUACAGAGUAAGCUUUUCAUGGAAGACGAUUAUGCAAGCGCAAUUCGGAAGAAGCAGUCUGCCUCCUGGGCACUGAAAUGUGUGAAAGCUGGUGUGAAUCAUUUCAAAUCAGGCCACCAUGUAGAAGCGAUGAAUGAGUACAACAAGGCUUUAGAUAUAGACACCAAUAAUGUUGAGGCACUUGUAGCACGUGGUGCUCUAUACGCCACUAAAGGCAGCUUGAUGAAAGCUAUCAGUGACUUUGAGCUAGCUUUGGAAAGCUGCCCAACACACAGGAACGCUAAGAAAUAUCUGUGCCAAACACUGGUGGAGCGAGGUGGCCAGCUGGAGGAAGAGGAGAAGCUGAUUACAGCUGAAGGGCUUUAUAAGAAAGCAAUAGCUUUAGACGACACAUAUUAUGAAGCAAAUGAAGCGCUGAGGAAGCUGCAACUGCACAUCCAGAAAACUCUUAAACUGAAAGCUGAGGAGGCUGCAAAAGAGAAGGAAAAGCAGCCAACUGCGGAGACGAGUGCAGAAAAAUUACGUAAGAUCUUAAAAGAAGAGAAAAGGAUGAAAAAGAAAAGGAAGCGGUCUGACUCCACAUCAGAGACGUCCUCGAGCUCUGAUUCCUCCAGUGACCACUUGUCCAGUCGCAAAAAAUACAAAAAACGAAAGCACAAACGCAGACGCUCCUCACACAGUAGUAAAAAACACAAGCAAAGAGUUUCAUCACGUGAUGAGGAUGAUGACUACCCUGUUCCUGCUAACACCUCAGCAUCCUUCAUUAAUGAUAAGCAAACCCUCGUUAAACUGCUUGAUGGAGAGGACGGUGCUGAAAACCGAAGAGACUCUCAUGAGAGAAGCAGAGAAGGUAGGUUUGAAGAUGACUCCUUCACUCAGAGCCCCAAGACUGAGGACCGGAAGCUCAAAGGACAACAGGAGAGUCUCAGCGGGUUAAAUGGCCGGGAUAAAAAUGCGUACAGAGAGCGCAGAAGAUCUGAAGAUGAACACAAUUCUCGGCUAGAGAGUUGGAGAUGUUCACGCAUCACUUCCAGUAGGAAGGAUUCAUCCUCCUCUGCCUAUUCUGAGACCUCGCGCAAAUCUGACUUGCGUGAUUUCGACUCGCGCAAAUCCAGCUCUCGCACAUCCGACUCGCGUGAUUCUCUCUCAUCUGACUUUCGCAGAUCAGACUCUUAUAAAUCUGGAAGCCAUGGAAGGUCAGAGGUUAAGGAAGGGAAUGAUGCGCAUCGAAGAUUAAGCAGCAGAGAGGUUAACAAAGACUCAGAUGGAAACCAGAAAAAAAAUGUACCAACCAAUUUACUGGAUAUCUUUAAUCAGAUUGCUGAAUUUGAGAAAGACAAAAAACAGAAGAAAUGAGUGUAAUGCUAUUUUCUGUGCUGUCAAUUUCGCUUCUUGCCUUGAAUGAAAAAAAAAACAGCUGGAGUGAUAAAUAGGAGGUAACCCAGACCUGCCGGCCUUUACACAUUUUACAUUUACAUUUUUCCUUUGAAUAGGAACAUUCUACCAAGAUUCUGAUUCUGAUUAGAAAAGCAAUCUGUAAAUGUGCGAUUCUAAAAAUAUACAGGACUAAGUAUUAUUCCUCUUUAAGGUUGGCAAGUCUGGAAACACUGAUAAUGCCUUGUAAUAACCAAACCUGAUGGUACCAUGUGUUACUGUAGCAGUUAUUACAUUCAUGGUUUUUGUUUGUUUGUUUUUUUCCUGAAAUAACAAAAUAAAUUGUAUUUAAAAAACUA